CCGGCUGUGCUGGGAAAGGGCGGGCGCCCGCGUCUGCUGGGGUGGGUGAGACCGAGAAGCAGUGAUAGAGUGAGCUCGGCUGUACCUUAGUAGGGUGCCGGAGCCGGAGCCUUAGUCGGAUUCUGAGCAAUCUCGGGGCAUCUGGGGAGGGAGAGAGAUCCAGGCACCCGGGAGAGGCGUAAAACCCUUCCAGUGCAGGCGCUUUCCAUGGCGUCUCAUCAGCAAACAAGGAUCCAAGCUUACCUGGAGAAGAACAAAAUAGGUCCCCUAUUUGAGGAAUUGAUGACCAAACUCAUAACAGAAACACCUGACCAGCCAAUCCCAUUUCUCAUUGACCAUCUUCAGUCUAAACAGGGGCCUCGCAGUCAACUUCAAAGAACUUUAUCUGGGUCUGCAGCUUUAUGGGCAGAAAGUGAAACAUCAGAACACAAAGGAACUAGGAGAGACUUCAGAAGUUAUGAUAAACCCUGGCAGGUAAAUGCAAAGAAGCCAAAGAAGUCCAAGAGUGAUCUUGCUGUAUCUAAUAUUUCUCCACCAUCACCGGAAUCCAAAUCAUUGCCAAGGUCAGUGGAGCAUCCUAAGUGGAACUGGCGGAUCAAACCAGAAAACCACGACUUUGAUGAAUUAAAUCACAUCCUUCAAGAGAGCAAGAAGCUGGGGAAAGCCCUUGAGAAUCUCUCUAGAAGCAUUGGUAUUUCAGACGAACUUGAUAAGGAUACAAUGGCCUUUAACUCAACUCUUCUGAGGCCUCGAGUGAUUGGAGAAUGGGUUGGUCGAGAAGAAAAUGAUGCAGAUCCACUUGCUGCUGAAAUGUUGCAACCUCCAAUUCCCAGAAGCAAAAAUGAGCCAUGGGGAAGUGAAGACAAUGCCACUAGCCCUGCAGGAAGCUUAAAGAUGGAACCCAAGAGUAAAGGAUUAAAACAGCAGCAACAACAACAUAAGAAGCUUCUAGCUGCAAUGUUAUCCCAAGAUUCUUUUGAAUCCAUCCACAGUCCCACACCAUCUGUAACAGAAGAAGAUAUUGACAAUGAAGAUGAUGCAAUGGAAUUGCUGGAGGACCUAGAUGAUUUGAGAAUGGAAGGAGUAACUACUCUGAUGCCUUCUGGGAGCAAAUUUAACCCAACUCGAACAGCUCAUCUUCCUGAACCCCAGGCAAAGGUCACAUUGAACAUCUGCUCCAGAUGUGCCAGGUUGCAAGGUGACAAUCUGGCAGAAGGGACAGAAGAAGUUUCACAGUUACUUCAUUCACCUGAGGAAGCAGUCUCAGACUCUGUAGAAACAGAUUCUUUAUGUCCAACUGAAACAAUGGAAGAUGGUGAAUUUGAAAGUGCUUCUCAAAUAAUAGGAUCUUGCACCCCAGUCUGGGACCUGACUACCCUGACUACCAGAAGUGGGAAUUCCCCAAGUUUAAAAAUCUUGAAAGAUUCUUUAGCUGCAAAGGAACUGCAGAGCAUGGAGAAGCAUCUUGCUGAUAUUGAAAAGGACCUUGCAUUAUGGGAAGAAGGAAGACUUGCAAAAAGUCCAAGCAGUUUGCAUAAUAUUUCAGUUGCAUCUGACCUUCAAGGAAAUCUUCAGUCAUCACCAAGCUUUAGCAUAAGACCUCCAGAACCCAGCCAAACAGGGAAAAUCAUUCAACUCAAACUCCAGGGAAACAAAUCACCCCCUCUAGUUGACAGCCGAGUACGGGUCUCCAGUAUCUCAAAUAGUAGGCCCCAUCUUCUCAUAGCUCAGACAAACAGGCCUCAGACACUGAUAGUUCCAGGAAGCAGACCUGUAACUCCAAACAGCUUGUUGUCCCGACCUCUUACCCCUAGCAACCAAGGAAAGAAUGAAAGGAUUAUUAAUAUUCAAAGAAGCAAGUCUGUCCCAUCUAAGAGCCAAAUUGGGAGAGCUCUAGGCACUCCUUCUGGGCUAGUUGUUCCAAUAAGUGGAGACAAGCUAACAAGUACAAUUCUGAGAAGCAGUUUAUCUGAAGGAGAAGCCUCCAGUAGAGGACUCUCACUGAAAAACUUCAUGGAAGACGAGGAUUCUUUAAAGAAUUUUCAGCUUGUUCAUCAGCCAUGGAUUUUACCAAGUGACACAGAAAGUGAAGGACUUGAAGCAGAGCAAGAUAAAUGUAUGUGAAGCUGGUAGAAGAAUAUAUACAUAGUUAUUAAAGAAGUUAUUAAUUAUUGCAAUCAACCUACAUAUCUGCUUAUAUUGUAAAUAAUAACUUAAAGAAUGGUUAUUUUUCUAAUCAUAAAUGGGGGGGGGGAAUGAUAUCACCAGUAAUAUCAUCAAUAAUGUUGAAAUGUGGAAUCACUGUAUGGCACAGAAAAUUUGGGAAAGUUAGUCUAAACUGCUGCUCUUAACAAUGUUCUGGGAUUUAGAUAAGUUAAAUUUUGGUUGUUUUAGAUGGAAAUUUGAUAUGUUAAAUAUUGUACAAUGCAAAUGA